AUGACUAAAGCAGCGAGACACACUGCGUUUCUUGUGUCUAGGUUUGUCUCAUUUCGUUUUUUCAAAGUCUCAAGAAGCUGUGUGCUUUUGUUUUCUCGUGAACCGGCAAAGCCUGCCGGGCGCACGGCAAUUUUUUUUAGUCCCUUCUUGUCGACGCAGCGCCAGCCUCCUAUCUCCACAAACCCAACCGUGCGCCAUGCUCGCAGAACAGUGACUCCGGAAGAACUCCUCACCAAAUACUAUAGCGUGUCUCACGCAGUGUUCGGCUAUCUCUGCCGGGCUUUCAGUCGUUGCGUCGGCUCUCCCCCUGGCCUCGGCCCCUCUCCUCAAAUGCUUUUUCUCGUUCUGUCCUCUUGCCUACACUAUUCCGUGCGCUUCUUCGGUACCGGCGCUGCUCCCCCUGGGCUCUCCAGCGACAUCGGUGAAGUGUCUUAUAUGGGAGACUGCUCUCGGCCUACAUCGCAGUUCCACUCGACUCACAGCAUGAAGCCUAUGCAGACCGCGGCGACGUCCGCGUCAGAUGCAGCUGCUGCCGACUGCGUUGACACCGGAGAGAAAAGAGCGCAUGAGACCCGCCACGCUCGCCACUGUUCAGGCUUCUUCGUGCCGCGCGUCUGUCCGUUCAACUCGGCGGACUGCCGCCGCCUUCGCGGGUACACUCGUGUGUGGCAGACACUCCGGCUCGCCGUCAGAGUAGAGCGGAGAGGACCGGGCGACCGCCGCAGAGCAGACAAGACAGGUACACAGACAGCAGGCGCGGAAGCAACUGCAAAGCAUGACGGGUGCGCGCGCCGUUCACGCCAUCACGCGCCGGCGAACUUUCAAGACGACGGGUAG